AUGUCGACAUGGAGAUUGAAAUCUUUCAAAUCCCCAGACUCCUCCAAGCACGUAAAAGUAAGCAGUAGGGGCAGCAAUAGCCCCAGGAACGAAGAGCUUCCUAUCCUUUUUGAUCACGAAGACGAACAACGCAUCAUGGAUCGUGAUCCCAAUGAUCCCAGAAAAUUUCCUGUCACCGUUGAAUCUGCAGAAUCCCGCACGGGCAAAGAUUCAGACCCCGUCAACAACAACAACAACAACAACAACAAAAACAAAAACAAUAGUUUUAGGCAAUCUAGCUACGAAUUUUGGAGUGAUAAAGGACAGAAAAAAGAUGGCAAUGACGGUUUUGAUUACAAGAAACGAUGGCAAGCCGUUGAGGAAUCAUCACCUUCGAAGAUGAAGGGUCAGUUUUUGGGCAAACGAACCAACAGCAAUGAGAUUGCGUUAGACAUGGACUUAGAUAUGGAUGACCUUAAACAGGAUCAGUCGGUCACUUCUAGAGAUUCUAGAAGGGUUUCUUUCGAAACAGGAGUUCCAAGUUUUCAGGUUAACGUGACUGGCCCCAUGAGGUACGAAACACAACAACAAGAAGGAAGAAGUGAACGCAGCGAUGAUGUUGCGAGACGUGAAUCAGACGCGUCUCAUGACAGUACUGCUAUAUCCCUUGUAGGAAAGUCAGGUUUGCUAUCAAGAAUGAGGAGCACUAAGUCAAGGCUUAUAGACAGGUCACCAGAGGAGGUGCAGAUGAUGUCUGGCCUGUUACAAAAAUCGGGUCCGAUAUGGUCUGGAUUGUUGGGGAAGAGUUCAGAUUUUGAAGAGGAAGAUGACCCUUUUGCAGAUGAAGAUGUACCCGAUGAAUUUAGAAGAGCUAAUCUUAAUGCAUUGACUUUACUUCAAUGGGUGAGUCUGAUUUUGAUUGUUUCUGCGUUGAUUUGUAGUUUAGCAAUUCCUACUUUGAGGAAACUGGAUGUGUGGGAGCUUAAGUUGUGGAAAUGGUUAGUAUUGAUCUUGGUCUUGAUAUGUGGUAGGUUGGUGUCUGGAUGGGGGAUUAGGUUGAUUGUGUUUUUCAUUGAGAUGAAUUUUAUUUUGAGGAAAAGGAUUUUGUAUUUUGUUUAUGGGGUAAGAAAACCAGUGCAAAAUUGCUGCUGGUUAGCCCUUGUGCUUUUGGCUUGGCAUUUCUUGAUUGACAGUAAAGUUGAGAGGGUAAAUAGAAGUAGAUUACUUGAAUAUGUUACCAAAAUUCUAAUAUGUCUUUUGAUUGGUACAUUGUUGUGGUUGAUCAAGACAUUAAUAGUGAAAGUGAUGGCUUCAUCUUUUCAUGUUAGUACUUAUUUUGAUAGAAUUCAAGAGACAUUAUUCACUCAAUAUGUGAUUGAAACACUAUCUGGUCCUCCACUAAUUGAAGUCCAAAGAACUGAAGAAGAAUAUGAAAGGACUGCAGCUGAGAUCAGUAGAUUGCAGAAUGCUGGGGCUACUGUGCCUUCGGAUCUUCGGGCAGAUGCCUUUCCACCACCACGGAGUGGAAGGUUACAAAAAAGAUUUACCAGAUUAAAGACUCAAAAUUUAUCUCGGAUAUUUUCGAAGAAGGGUGAUAAUAAGAUUGGAUUAGAGCACUUGCACAAACUCAACCACAAGAAUAUUUCAGCUUGGAAUAUGAAGAGGUUGAUGAAGAUGGUCCGACAUGGGACAUUGUCCACAUUGGAUGAGCAGAUAAUGGAGCAACCUACUGAGGAUAAUUCGAUAAAAAAGAUUAGAAGUGAACAUGAGGCAACGGCUUCUGCAAAGAAAAUUUUCCACAAUGUGGCUCAGCGGGGUUCAAAGUUUAUCUACUUGGAGGAUUUGAUGCGAUUUAUGCGAGAAGAUGAGGCUUUGAGAACAAUGAGUACCUUUGAAGGUGUUUUUGAGAAGAAGAGGAUUAGCAAAUCAUCCAUGAAGAACUGGGUGUUGAAUGCUUAUAGAGAGCGAAGAGCUCUUGCCUUGACACUAAAUGAUACAAAGACGGCUGUGAACAAGCUUCAUCAUAUGGUAAACUUCGUUGUUGGCACCAUCAUAUUUGUCGUCUGGCUUGUGAUUCUGGAAAUUGCCACCUCCAGGAUUAUCGCACUCUUAAGCUCCCAGCUGGUCCUAUUGGCCUUCAUCUUUGGGAAUACUUGCAAGACAAUAUUUGAAUCUAUAAUCUUCUUAUUCAUUAUUCACCCUUAUGAUGUUGGGGAUAGGUGUGAGAUAGAUGGGAUGCAGUGCGUGGUGGAAGAGAUGAACAUUCUUACUACAGUCUUCUUGAGAUACGACAACAUGAAGAUGAUAUUUCCGAACAAUGUUCUUUCAACGAAGCCCAUUGGCAACUAUUAUCGUAGUCCAGAUAUGGGAGAUGCAAUUGAUUUCUAUAUCGACAUGGCUACUCCAGUAGAAAAGAUUGCUGCCAUGAAACAAAGAAUAAUAGGUUAUAUUGAGAACCGCAAGGAGCAUUGGUGCUCUGAGCCAAUGAUUAUAUUAAAGGAACUUGACACAUGGAACAGGUUGAGAAUGGCGGUGUGGUUGACUCAUAAAAUUAACUACCAGGACAUCGCAGAGAGGUGGGAAAGGAGAGCUCGAUUGGCAGAAGAAAUGGUGAACAUAUUUAAAGAACUUGACAUGCAAUUCCGUUUAGUGCCAAUCGACAUAAAUGUCUGCUCCAUCCCUAACUCUAGUCGCAUUCCCUCUAGUUGGGCUACUCCGGAAAGUUCAUCUAACUGA